AUGACCAACCCCUUGGUAGAAAUGUUCGAUGGAUUUCCUAUUUUUCAGCAAUUUACCCUUGGAAAGCUCCAAGAUGCUGAAGUCAUGGCAUUUACAUCCGUGUACCCCAAUCUCUACUUCAUGAUCAAGCAUUUUGGUAUCGCAGAGGACGAUUCACAUAUCGCUACCUAUAGUGGAUAUUUGGGUGCCGCCUAUUUACUUGGUGAAUACAUAAGCUCGCUGUAUUGGGUCAAAGCUUCGAAUAAAUACGGCAGAAAAACCAUACUCUUGUAUGGGCUCGCAAGCACAGCAUUCUCCUUGCUCAUUUUUGGAUUCAGUACAAACUUUUAUAUGGCUCUUCUUGCAAGGUUCUUCAUGGGGUUAUGCGGUGGUAAGAGUCAAGUCUAUAGAAACACAAUGGAAGAAAUCGCCCUUGAAGGUAGACAUAAACAUCACGCCUUAACAUCACUCUCGCAAAACUGGACUUCUGGGAUAUUGAUGGGUUACUUUUUUGGAGGAUUAUCAAGUCUUUCAUAUAAGUCUGACAUAAAGUAUGAUGGGCUGUUACUUUCGAAGUAUCCAUUUCUUCUUUCAAACCUUAUAAUUAUCAGCGUUAUUGUAGCUGAAAUUAUCAUGGGCUGGCUCUUUUUGGAGGAAACACAUGAACAGAUAAAGUAUGUGCGAGACAUCGGUUUAGAAAAGGGAGAUUCCAUUAGGCGUAUGUUGGGAUUCCAAGUGCCAGAGAGACCUUGGCAGCUAAGAGAACAAGAUCCCAAAGUAGACCAACAACCCUUUGACGACAAUAUGAAGUUGACAGAAAGGCACGUCGUUCCUUACCAAAUAAGAAACGACCUGGUGUAUACCCCCGAAGAACUGUCGACUGAUACAGAAACAUAUGAAGAAUUUGAGCUGGUGAGAUCAUUGGCUACAUGGAAUCGCAUAAUUAACAAUUAUAUGUUAUGCUUUCAGAAUACAUUCUUCUUCGAGUUUUUUCCAAUUUUUCUUGCUAGUCCCCUCAGAGAAGGGGAUCUAAAGUUCCCAUUUCAAAUUAAAGGGGGAUUCAGUUACAAUGCAUAUGGUAUUGGGAUGCUUACAUUUCUUGCGGGAUAUAUUGGGUCAGUUUUUGAAGUUCCGCUUUCUAUUAUUAGAGUGUACUUUGGGAGAAAGUGUGUGGCUGGAAUUGCCCUUCUCGUAUACCCCAUCACUUACUUCUUGUUGCCUUUAUAUCUUUUUACACUGCACGAGUACAAUAAGGGAAUAUCCAAGUCGUUGGCAAAUUUAUUACUUGUGGUGAACAUUUCUGUUGUUUGGUUAUUUAAAUCCUUUACAUUCCCCCUGUAUCAAAGUUAUUUUGAUAUUUCGUCUUCCAAAGAGCAAAGGCGGCCAACUAAUAGUUAUUCGAUUAGAUUCAUCACGUUGGCUAAGUGUGCCACCCCGAUUAUUGGAGGCUGGAUGAUAUCAAUUUUCGAUGCGCAAGGAUACGGAGGUACUCCUUGGUGGAUCCUUUCAGUUUGGUCAACCAUGACAUUAUUGCACUCUAUUUACAUCGAUAGAAGAAGUGUAGCAUUAGCAUAG